UGAAGGAAGAGGUGAGUUUUAACCACCAUGGAUGAAUGGCCAUUACAUCUCCAUGCCCUGCGAGAGACGCCUUCAAGGUCCCUACUGACACCAGGCACGAGCCGAGAGUGUCCUUCGGUCACGAGUCCUAAUCAUCGUCAACCUCUUCUGAUCCAAUUCAAAGCGCAACCCCAAAGAAAACCAUACCCACCUUCUCUCUCCGUCUAUCUGUCUCUCUCUCUACUGGGUUUUGAUUUUGACAUCAAAUUGGGCAGAAGUUCGCCUGAGACUGCGCAUUGGAAGCUGAAGAGGGCUAUUCUGCCUUCUCUUUUUCUGGGUUUGAGUCAGCUUGAAGCAGUUUCAGCUGCGAAGCUACGCCUUUGCAAAUUCUGCGAUGCUCGCGACUGGGUUGUUUUCAGGUUGUAUAUAGAUUGAAACAUUCUUCUGGAGAGAGAGAAAAGUGGAAUAGAAAAUGAGGAUGAGGAACAAAAACAGAAAAACGACAAUUUUAGGUUGGAAUGCAGGGGUCAGAUGUUCAAUGCCUGCUAUGGUAUGGAGUUUGGUGGGAUUCCUCCUUUUGCUUCAUUUAUAUUCCACUCUCCAUAAAACUGACAGCAAAGGGGAGGAGACAGGGUUGCGAAUGAGCCACCAUAGUUUUCAAGAACUGGAGGUGGUUGAGGAAGAAAAUAUCCAUAUCCCUCCACCUCGUGGAAGGCGUUCUCCUCGUGCAGCAAAACGGAGACCUAAAAAGAAAACCACCUUGAUCGAUGAGUUUCUUGAUGAGAAUUCCCAAAUCAGGCAUGUCUUUUUUCCCGAUCAUCGAAGUGCCAUAGAUCCAACCAAGGACAUGGGCAAUGAUAGCUCUUACUACUUUCCGGGGAGGAUGUGGUUGGACACUGAAGGAAAUCCCAUUCAGGCCCAUGGAGGUGGUAUUCUGUAUGAUCUGCAUUCGAGGACGUAUUACUGGUAUGGAGAAUAUAAAGAUGGUCCUACUUUCCUUGCCCCGAAGGGAUUAGCACGAGUUGACAUCAUAGGAGUCGGCUGUUAUUCGUCAAAGGAUUUGUGGACUUGGAAAAAUGAAGGAAUUGUCUUAGCAGCCGAAGAAGCGAAUGAAACCCAUGAUCUCCAUAAGUCAAACGUGCUAGAGAGGCCAAAAGUGAUCUACAAUGAAAAGACUGGAAAGUAUGUCAUGUGGAUGCACAUAGAUGACGCCAACUAUACCAAAGCAGCAGUUGGUGUUGCCAUCAGUGAUUAUCCCACAGGUCCCUUUGAUUAUGUCUACAGUAAGCGGCCCCAUGGGUUUGAAAGCCGAGACAUGACAAUCUUCAAAGAUGAUAAUGGCAUGGCAUAUCUCGUGUAUUCUUCUGAGGACAACAGUGAACUUCAUAUUGGUCCUCUAACAGAUGACUAUCUUGAUGUUACACAUGUCGUGAAGAGAAUUCUCGUGGGCCAACACAGGGAAGCUCCGGCUUUGUUCAAGCAUGAAGGGAUUUAUUACAUGAUUACAUCUGGGUGCACUGGCUGGGCACCAAACGAGGCAUUGGCCCACGCGGCAGAGUCGAUCAUGGGGCCUUGGGAGACAAUGGGCAAUCCGUCCAUCGGUGGAGGCAAAAUAUUUCAGCUGACUACUUUUUUUGCACAGGGUACAUUUGUCAUCCCGGUAGCGGGGCUUCACGGGUCAUUUAUCUUCAUGGCUGAUAGAUGGAACCCAGCUGAUUUGAGGGAAUCCCGGUACGUCUGGUUGCCUCUGAUAGUUGGAGGCCCUGCUGAUUGGCCACUCGAGUACAAUUUUGGGUUUCCAUCUUGGUCGAGAGUGUCAAUUUAUUGGCAUAGGAAGUGGAGACUUCCCAGCGGAUGGAGUGAUACGAGACGAUGAGGUUCUUUUUUGGGGGUAAAUACUAGUAUCAUACACGAGGCCUCUUGAGUUAGUUUCACUCUGGGUUUGAUUUCUUGAAUGAUUUGAUCUCUGGUGUUCCUGCAAGAUGCUGUUUUCAAGCCAAAUGUGCAUAUGCUGAAGAAUAUCAGCUGAGGACUAUCGUUGAGCUUACUCAUUUCUUUGUAUAGGUAGUGUAGAUAGUAGUUGAGUAUGCCUGUCCAGUACCUUACGCUAAGAUUCUCCUUGGUAUCGGCUUAAUCUUCAUCUUUUCUGCUGGACGCCCAAUCUCAUUUGCAGUCCUGACCAUAUUGAUCUGAGUAACAUAUGGUUGGACUCUAAUAGUUCGACCUGAGGGCUUUUCAGAGGCUAUCACCACGAGACUUUGGAGUUUCAAGGAGAACUGUCGGCAUUGUAUGGAUCUCCCUCUCGAGAAUGAAGAAUUCUCACCAUUUGGUUCUGUAUCGACAAGCUUAUUGUAGUCGAGAUAUAAUGCCAGCAUACAUGGCACCGUUGCAUUUGAAGAGUAACUUUGAUCUUAUCAUUUCGAUUGAGGUACUCGUGAUGGAAAGUCAUAAGGAGUGGUGUACUAUCGACCCUGCGAACUAGGUGUUCAAUCACUUUGUUUCAAGGACUUGUUCAUGAACUGGGUCUCCUAGGCUUGUUUCACGAUUUCCACAGAAGUGAGAAUCCUUUGCUUUCAGUUUUACCGAGAAAGCCUACCAAGUUGAAAUAUUGUGUAUUUCUUUGGAAAGGAGAGUAUGGAAAUCAAUGCGUAUUGCUAUUUGCUAGUGUAAAAGGAUACUAUUCUCCCAAUAUGCAUUUACUGGAUUUGCUUCGGCAAUGCCAGUAUAUCCAGUAUAUGGUCCAUCUCUUUCUCGUCAA